UACGUCCUGGAGCUCCUGGAAUGGUUCGACAUGCCCGAGUGCUACAUCUUGAUCCUGGAGCGACCCGCCCGCUGCAUGGACCUCUACGAAUACCGAAGGAACGGCUCACUUCCCGAAUGUCUGGCUCAGAUGAUCAUGUGGCAGGUGGUUCUCGCCGCCUGUCACUGCCGUAAUCGCGGGGUUCUCCAUCGGGAUAUCAAGGAGCAGAACCUUCUGGUCAGUUUCCACACCUUAGAGAUCAAGCUCAUAGACUUUGGCUGUGGGGACUUGCUGAAGUCGACCCCCUACAGACGUUUUGCAGGCACCAUGCUAUACGCCCCACCUGAAUGGAUCGAGGAAGGUAAGUAUCCCGGUUGCGCUGCAACGGUGUGGAGCCUGGGCGUCCUUUUGUUUGUUCUAGUGUGUGGAGAGCUGCCAUUCUGGAACGAGAGGGAGAUCGCUGCUGGACACCUGAUCUUCAAAGCUGGUGUGUCUAAGGGCACCUGCACGGGUUUAUAG